ACGCUCUUGGUGCAGCCAGAGCUGCAAACGUCCUGCAGGCAGUUUGGCCUCUACAGCUGAUCGUAGUUUGGCAGACGUUCAAAAACACUCCAACUGCCAGGACGUGUGUGUGUGUGUGUCCUUGUGAAGGUAAAAGCAGGCAGCGCAGCUCGACAUGAAUCGCCUUCUGAAAAUUCCUGUUCUGGCCAGCCGGGCCUUCAGCAGCUCCAGCAGAAACCUGAAGAACAAAGUUCCUGAGGCCCAGAAACUCUUCCAGAAAGACAACGGGCUGCCCGUCCACAUCAAAGGAGGAACCGGUGACGUCCUGCUCUACAGGACAACCAUGGCACUGACUGUUGCAGGAACAUGCUACUCUCUGUACUGGCUGCUUCUUGCCUCGAUGCCCCAGAAAAAGGGAUAAAGACGGAGACGGAUGGGAUCUGCAGCAUGCAGCCCAGCCUAACACUGAAGUUCCUGUGUGUGAUUUCACUGUAACUCUCAUUCAUCUCUGCAGGAUGCACUGAUGCUCAUCUGAGAAUAGGACAAAAUAAACUUGCUCAGAGUUUUA